AGUUAUUUUGCUGCAAUUACAAGUAAAUAACAGCCCUAAACAAUUAAUAUUAUAUCAAUUAAGUAUUAAAAUGUGCAUUGUAAAGUUCUACAAAUCUAAUAAAAAUGCCUGAAGCAUGCUAGGUGACAUCCAUCUAACCAAACGCUUAGUAGUGAUCGCAUUAGUUCUCGGCAUUAUUUUGAUUUUAAAGGAGUACGUAUUUAUUUAUCCGAUAUGAGUAGCCGUAGGGUUGCUUAUUUCUACAAUGCGGACGUGGGGAACUUCCACUACGGGCCGGGGCACCCGAUGAAGCCCCAUAGACUUUCUGUUACGCAUAGUUUGGUGUUGAAGUAUGGGCUGCAUAAGAAAAUGCAGGUAUACAAGCCGUAUAGGGCAAGUGCGCAUGACAUGUGCCGGUUUCACAGUGAGGACUACAUAGAGUUUCUGUCCAAUGUUACGCCGCAAAAUAUACAGAGCUAUUCAAAAGACUUGCUCCACUACAAUGUUGGAGACGACUGCCCAGUCUUUGACGGGCUGUUUGAUUUCUGCUCCAUGUACACGGGCGCAUCUCUAGAAGGUGCUAUGAAGCUUAACAAUAAUGCGUGUGACAUUGCCAUUAACUGGUCCGGUGGUCUGCAUCAUGCUAAGAAGUUUGAGCCUUCUGGAUUCUGCUACGUUAAUGACAUAGUCAUAGCAAUACUAGAGCUCUUAAAAUACCAUCCCAGAGUACUAUACAUUGACAUAGACGUCCACCACGGAGACGGGGUCCAGGAGGCAUUCUACCUGACUGACCGAGUGAUGACCGUCAGCUUCCAUAAGUAUGGGAACUACUUCUUCCCGGGGACCGGAGACAUGUAUGAGGUCGGGGCUGAGAGUGGGAGGUAUUACUCAGUGAAUGUGCCGCUGAAGGAAGGGAUUGAUGACCAGAGUUAUGUUAUGGUAUUCAAACCGGUGAUAUCCAGCGUGAUGGAGUUCUACCGCCCCACGGCCAUCGUGCUGCAGUGCGGCGCGGAUUCCCUGGCAGGAGACCGGCUGGGGUGUUUUUCUUUGUCCACUAAGGGCCACGGGGAGUGCGUCAACUUUGUGAAGAACUUUAACGUGCCUACGCUAGUUGUUGGUGGUGGCGGGUACACACUCCGUAACGUAGCUCGCUGCUGGACGUACGAGACCUCCCUUCUGGUGGACGAGAACAUUUCCAACGAGCUUCCUUUGACGGAAUACUUGGAGCUGUUUGCGCCCGACUUCCAACUUCAUCCAGAGAUUAACAGCACGAACAACGCCAACAGCAAGCAGUACUUAGAAGCUAUAACUAAAUACACGUACGACAAUCUCAGGAUGUGUCAGCACUCGCCCGCCGUACAGAUGUCACAUGUGCCAGGCGACUUCUUCCCCGAAGACUACAAGAUUAAAGACGAGCCAGACCCGGACAUCCGCAUCAGCCAGGACGAGGCCGACAAGAUGGUGGAACCUAAAAACGAGUUCUACGAUGGUGACACCGACCACGACAAGGAGGCUGUCGUUAAAGAGGAGCCAUAGCAACCGGCCGCUACCGGCGACAGUGGCGCCACUUGACACAC